UGAUACCGUUGUAAUCCGCUGGAAGACUUUCGCUCUGAAUGGGCACGGGGGUGCGGACGAGAGAGGACCGGGGCACCGGAGAGACCACUGCUCCUGAACACUGUUCCAACAUAUCAAGACUGAUGGAUUUAAAGAGGGUGCUGUCUUUCCCGCCUUACCCAGGAGACUAUCUGCAUCCGGUCGUGUACGCCUGUACAGCUGUAAUGCUGCUCUGCCUGAUCGUGUCCAUCAUGACCUACCUCAUCCACCACAGUGUGAUCCGCAUCAGCAGAAAUGGGUGGCACACUCUUCUGAACUUCCUGUUUCACACGGGGCUUACGUUUGGUGUGUUUGCUGGAGGCAUCAAUCAGAUUAACUACCCGUUCAUCUGUCAAGUCGUUGGGAUAGUUCUCCACUACGCGUCCUUGUCCACCAUGCUGUGGCUCACUUUUACCGCCAGGAACAUCUGUAAAGACGUGUCCAAAGUUCCGCGCCUGGCCCCCAUCAGGGACAGUUCUGCCCAGAAGAGGGCCAAGCCCACUAUAUUCAGGUUUUACCUGGUCAGCGAUGGCGUUCCUCUCAUCAUCGUGGGGGUCACAGCAGCGGUCAGCAUGGAAAACUAUGGCAGUAGGGAGGAGGCUCUGUAUUGCUGGAUGUCAUGGGAACCUUGCCUUGGCGGUUUCUACGGGCCAGUGGCGUUCCUCGUCCUGGUGAUGUGCAUCUAUUUCUUGUGUACCUUCAUCCAGCUGAAGCGCCACCCAGAGAGGAAGUACGAGUUGAGGGCCAUGACGGAGGAGCAGCAGCGUCUGGCGUCCACUGAGUCGGGUUACCUCUGCCACGGAGACUGUGGAGGCGACAGUUGCCCUACACAUGCGUCCGGCCUCUCAGUGCUGGCUAACGAGCACUCAUUCAAAUCCCAGCUGCGUGGAGCGGCCUUCACCCUCUUCCUGUUCCUGGCUACGUGGGCGCUGGGCGCGCUGGCCGUGUCACAGGGCCACUUCCUGGACAUGGUGUUCAGUUGCCUGUAUGGGGCGUUCUCUGUUACACUGGGGCUGUUCCUGCUGAUCCAGCACUGCGCCAAGAGGGACGACGUGUGGCACCGCUGGUGGUCCUGCUGCCCGGCCAAGCCGGAUGGCAGGAAGGAGGAUGGACAGGUACGUUCCCCAGGCCCCGCCCAACAGCAGUCCUGCCACCUAGACUCUCCCUGCUCUGGGAAACAGCCACUCCUCUCCCCACAUCUCCUCCACGCACCCGCUACUCACUACAAAAUGCAGCUGGCACAGCCUCCCAACCAAACCACCAAUCACGCUGGCCCGUGUUGCGUGGCUGUGCAUGGCCCCUCCCCUUCUCCUCUACUGGAGGCCACAUCUCUCCGUCCACAAUCCCUUCCUGAUGAGCUCCCGCGGCCGGCACUGCCCCUGCAGAGCUGCCUGAAGGACAGGGCCAAGUCUCGCUCCUUCAACCGGCCACGGCCCUGCCUGAGAGACUACCACUACCACAUCGCCUCCAGCAGCAUGGACGGCAGUGUGCACAGCUCCCACCUGGACAGCCCACACAGCGUCCAUCACCUGGACGGCUCCCCGCUGCUCUGCCCCAGCCCCCACCCUGACCUCCCUCUGCUCUGCCCCAGCCCUCACCCUGACCUCCCUCUGGCCUGCCCCAGCCCCCUGCUGGACAAGCGUCUGGCCUCCUGCCACAGUUUGCAUCGGCAGAACUCCUGCCACAGCACCCAGGACGACACACUGUCCUGCCACCACCACAUGUACUGCCCCCCCAGAGUAGACCCCUUCCCCAGAUCCCCAGAGCCAUUUGUUGCAGGGUGCCAACAGGACUCGGACACGUACAGCUGCAGCUCCAGGCAGGCUGACAGGGAGGAGGUCAUGCUGCAGCUGGAGAGUGAGCAGGCUUUGCAGCCCAGACAGACACUACCUCGGGUCCCUAAAGCUAAACCCCACGCCACUCUGAGCCGCAGGGCCACAAUUAGUCGCAACGGCAGCCUGCAGGAGGACUUCCUGUUUGGGUCAGACGCUACUGGCAACAUAAGGACAGGUCCUUGGAAGAAUGAGACCACUGUGUAGCAACGCUUUCUACUACUACCCCCUCCAACUUUAUACAUCUAUUAUGCCUCCCACAAACCCCUUCCAGUCUAUAACUAAUCUUUUCCCUACAAAUCCCAUCUAGUCUAUUUCUAUCUCUAACCCCACACCCCCUUUCAAACUGAAACACUAACCCCACACCUGCUUCCAGUCUUUUGGACUAUGGAAGUUCAGUUGCAUCUGCAUCAAACCACAUUUAGUUCCAGUUCAUCCUUGCACUACUGUGAAUGUAGUGACAGGUUGCUGUACUGGACAUCCUAGACUCUCAUACCAGGCCCCCCUCCUUCUCCAUAGAAACCAUAGUGACAUCCAUCAUCUUUUGUAUUUAUAUGGCUAAAACCACAGAUUUUAAAGCUUUACUUGAAAUGGUCUUCAUUUGCAUUGGUAACAGCUCAUGGAACCUUCAUGACACUUUCCUAAUUUAGUCGAGAGUAAUUACAAAGUAUAACAUUCUUUUUAUACAGAAAAUACGAUAUAGAGCCAUUUCUGGCACAGUAAUAUGCAUUGCUACACAAGUCGCACACAGAGCGCUGAAGUGCCUUUUUCAAAAUCUGCAAUGACAGUGUGAGUUGGUGUUGGUGUUAGGGUUAGAUAUGGUUCAGAGACCUGCCAGUGCAAUGAGUCUUAAAGCCUGAUGACUUGGUUUUGAACUUCAUCAACACUAAAGAAGGCAUCUAAAAGUGUUAUAAAUACUUAUUAAGACAAGUGAAUUCAAGUUAACUGCAUUUCUAUCAACUGUGCUAGUGAGGUGUGUAUGUUUGUGUGUUGGUUUGCAUGUAUGUGUUUGUGCAGACAUACACCAAUUCAAAUGGGCAGGUGGUAACCAGGGUUCUAAAUUAACUUUUUUGAUCACCAGCCAAUCAGAAUUUCCACUAGCCAAAUUCUUUCCGUUGAAAAUAAGAACAAUUAUGAGUUUCACUGAAUGCAUUUGAAUCAUUUUAUUAAUAUUGUUGCCAUGAAAAAUACAGAAAAUGAAUCACAGAAGUAUGAUGCAAGGGUCUGUGAAAUUACCAACACAUGACUAAGUAAGGAUACGAUUUAUUGUAAAUGGCUAAAACGUCCAUUCGUGUCAUGAGAUUGACUCCUGCCCAUGCAUUUACAGUAACGUUUUUGUCCUAAGCAGGCAUUAAUUAAACCAAACUAAUAUAAUCUUUAAUAAGAACAGUCUAUUUACAUUACAGAAGACUGUCAGUAAGCAACAUAAUUUUUCUUUCGCGUAGACUACAUUCGGCAAUCUUUGCAAAACAUGACAACAUUUUCAUUGUCAAACACAAGCCAUUCCCGACCCGUCAGCCAUUUGGCAUUACAUUUUCUUCGUUUCUCUAAUGCUAUCAAUAUCCUGAUCCCCUGCCUCGUUCCUCUUCUCGCUCCCAGAAGUUUGUCCUAACCACCGCCGCAUUAAGUUAACUUUUUACUUUACUUUACUACUCUAGCUACCUCUCAUUACCUCCAAUGAUCUUUUGUGCUUCGUUUUACUUCUUCCUUGUGUUUUCUGGUGGACGCUCCGUUCGUUUCCAUAGUUUCUCGCGCUGGUUUCACUUCAAACUACGCGCAUGCAAUGGGCGAAUAAAACGUUAUCACGUUGCAUUACGGCACAGUGUUCAUGUGAAACUAACCAACCCUAGGAACUACUGCCAGGGGGAUAAAUGAUCGAAAACAGAGCCUUAUGUAUCAUUCAUGUAAUGCCUCAUGCAUCACUGGCCAAACUGGCUAGUGAGUUUUUAUUAACACCCGCCAAAACGAAUUUUUAUUAAUUUAGAACCCUGGUGGUAACACAUGCUUCUGCCAUAGAUGUCUGAAGCCCCAGGGGGAACCUUGAUAGGACCACGUGGCUGCAAUUCCCGAGAGCCUCCAAGCACUGCUUCACCUGAAGCAGUGGGCAGUUUACCUUACAAGACAGCUGGAUCACUGGAUCACGGCCACACGAGAAUCCCUCUUGCAAAACUCAAAUAUUAAUUUGUUGUGCCCAAAUCACAGGUUUGGACCAAUCAGUCCCAUGGGGAGCUAGAGGCAGCUAGCUUGGUUGAAAUUAACUAUGAUAGAUGGUGAUAGACAGACAUCCAUCACCUGCCAAGUAUUUAUUGAAAGUGCCUGCUCUUGUUUCUAGGGACAUAACCCUGGUGUUUGUGUAACAAACCAUCUGGUGAGUCAGGUUAGUGGACUGUCCCCUCUAAUGUCAUAUGUUUGUUGGAGGGUUCAGAAACUGAGAAAUUUGGUCAAAGAAAGAGAGAAGAUGCUGGAAGUAGGAUGUCAUCCUUCAUUGAGGGAAGGCAGACUGAUGGCAGGUAAGGCAGCUUCCUCUAAACAUGCAUCCACACAAAGAGCUUAAGUUGAACUUGUGCAAAGAUGCUCUUGGGAUUCCCAGAGGAGUAAUUAAAUAUUUUAAUGUGUGAUAUGCUUUUAAAACACCCUUGAGUGAUGAGUGAUGCACCAGCACUAUUUAAUACGUUUUCACCCAAAAUAAAUAUUUGAUGUCACAAGAAAUGUGCUUUUAAACACUUAUUUGUCAUGCUGCCAACAUGCCAAGUCACUGUGAGAAGCGACAAACUACAACCUCUGUGUUGGCAUGUGGUGGAAUGUGUAGUAGCAACACAGUCUCCUCAGGUUGAAAGGUAACCAUGACACUAACCAUAAGUCAUCAUUAAGCUGUUAAUACAGCAGAAAUGGCCAUGGCUGUAAGAUGUACAGUAGCCCCUUUGACCCAGAAACCAGUUAUAAACCAGAAUGGUGUUCACAGAAAACAAGUUUUCAUGAGGUUUAUGUAAAUUCUCGUUUUCUAAAUAGUUGACCCCAACUGUUCCUCAGUAUUUAUUGUAUUCCUUAUGAGUUUGUAUUUGACCAAAAAAUGCUAUAAUAACUUUGUAUUUUAUAACAUGUCAAUGGAAGGCUUUAAAUAGUCCCUCUACCUGACCCUUCACUCCAUUCUCCUUUGCCGUUUUAACACUUUACGCAUGUAUCCUUUCAAGUUUGAGGCUGUCAGUUAAAUUGGUGAGAAAUGUUCUCCACUGUUCAGCAUGAAGUUCUGUCCAGUUAUUGACUGCUUCAAGUAUGACAAGGAAGGAAGGAUGCAUGCUAGUGUGUUGGGGUUAGUUCCUGUAUUGUGGGUUAUAAGGUUAGGGUUAGGGUUGGUUCCUGUAUUGUGGGUUAUAAGGUUAGGGUUAGUUCCUGUGUUGUACCGUGUUCCUUGUUUCACUGGCCGCUGCUGUGACCAAACCCAAUGCCAAAUUCCAUCUAAUCUUCUCUUUUCCAGAGGUUCA